AUCUUCAGUUUUACCACUUCCCAAACAUUAACUUCCCCAAAUGCCAAUUUAGAACACCCCCACCUUCAUCUUCAUCUUCAUCUUCAUCUUCAUCUUCCUCACCAGAAGAAGUAGAAGAACAAACAUAGAGGGAUAUCAGAUAUGAGAAGAUCCACUCUUUAUUCCAUCCCCUUCCUUCUUUCCUUCCUCUGGUACAGUUCAUCUCUGUCCAGUGCCUACUCUGACCUCGAUGCUCUGCUCAAGCUCAAAGCUUCCCUUAAGGGGCCCAAGGCUUCACCUUCUGCCAUGGAGGAUUGGAAACCCUCUCCUUCUCUCUUUGCUCACUGCAACUUCUCUGGAGUUCACUGUGACGACAAUUUGAGGGUUGUCUCUUUGAAUAUCUCGUUCCAUCCCCUGUUUGGAUCGAUUCCGCCGGAGAUUGGCCUACUUGACAAGCUUGUCUCUCUCACGCUUUCACAAGACAACCUCACAGGCGAGCUCCCGAAAGAGCUCGCCAACCUUGCUUCCCUGCAAGUUCUUAAUAUUUCACACAACGCCUUUACCGGAGAAUUCCCUGGCGAAAUCACUCUCAACAUGACGGAGAUUGAGGUUCUAGACGUUUAUGAUAACAGCUUCAACGGUUCGUUACCGUUGGAAGUUGUGAGAUUGAAGAAACUGAAGCAGCUCUGGCUUUCCGGGAACUACUUUUCCGGUGAGAUACCAGAGAGUUAUUCGGAGUUCGAGAGCUUGGAAAUUCUGAAACUGAACGAGAACAGCCUCAGAGGAAAAAUCCCGGCGAGUUUAGCAAAAUUGAAGAAGCUCAGGGAGUUGUAUUUGGGUUAUAGUAAUGUGUACCAAGGAGGUAUCCCCCCGGAGCUAGCCACGAUGGGCACGCUUCAACUGAUUGAUUUAGGAAGCUGUAAUCUAUCCGGCGAGAUUCCACCGAUCUUGGGCAAUUUGAAGAACUUACACUCUCUCUUCCUUCAAGUGAAUAACCUCACCGGAGAAAUCCCACCUGAACUCUCCGGUAUGACUAGCCUCAAGUCGCUGGAUUUAUCGAUCAACAACCUCACCGGAGAGAUACCCUCCAGUUUUUCCAGACUAACGAACCUAACUUUGAUCAAUUUGUAUGAAAACAAGCUUCUUGGUCCUAUCCCGCCAUUCAUCGGAGACCUUCCGAAUUUGGAAGUUCUUCUCGUCUGGGGGAACAACUUCUCGUUCAUUUUGCCGGAGAAUCUGGGAAGCAACGGGAAAUUUAAGAUGAUUGACGUGACGAGCAAUCAUUUCACCGGUUCGGUUCCGAAGGAUUUGUGUAAAGGAGGAAGGUUGGAGAUUUUCAUUCUCAUGAAUAAUUCUUUCGACGGUCCGAUUCCUGAGCAGCUCGGUGAGUGUAAGUCCUUGAAAAAAGUUCGAAUUUCAAACAAUUUCCUCAGUGGCUCGGUCCCUCCUGGGCUUUUCAAUCUUCCAUCUGCGUCGAUUAUCGACCUCAGUAACAACUUGUUAUCCGGCGAGCUACCAUCGGAUAUGUCAGGCGAUGCUGUCGGAAUUUUGACGCUUUCGGGUAAUAUGAUCACCGGAAAAAUCCCUCCGGCGAUCGGGAAGCUGCGGAGCUUGCAGAAUCUCUUACUAGACGCGAACCACUUUGUUGGCGAGAUUCCCGAGGAAAUGUUCAACUUGCCAAUGCUGACGAAGGUGAACAUAAGCUUCAACAAUCUCAGUGGUUCGAUUCCUGAUUCCAUCACUCACUGUGCUUCCUUAACCGCUGUUGAUCUCAGCCGGAACAACCUCGCCGGAGAAAUCCCGAGAGCGAUCAAUAACUUAGAAGAUCUCAGCAUCCUCAACCUCUCAAUGAACCACCUCACAGGUUCAAUCCCAGAUGAAAUCCGUUUCAUGGUGAGCCUGACCACACUCGACCUCUCCAACAACAACCUUGAAGGCAGAAUCCCCACAGGCGGCCAAUUCAGCGUCUUCUCCGGCGAGGACUUCGCCGGAAACCCCAAACUCUGCUUCCCACAAGACCACUCCUGCAAACCUCACGAGCCCCUCAAAUCAACCAAGAUGAUCGUCAUAACAAUCUCCCUCCUCACCACCACCCUCCUCGUCGUCAUCACAAUCUACACACUCCGAAAACGAAAGCACCACAAAUCCCUGAACUGGAAGCUCACCUUAUUCCGACGUCUGAACUUCAAAGUCGACGACGUCCUCGAAUGCUUAAAGGAAGAGAACAUAAUCGGAAAAGGCGGCGCAGGGAUCGUGUACAGAGGGAACACCAGAGACGGCACCGACGUGGCGAUCAAGAGACUGGUGGGUCAGGGUCGGAGCGGCCGGAACGAUUACGGGUUCAAGGCGGAGAUAGAGACGUUAGGGAGGAUCAGACACAGGAACAUAGUGAGACUGUUAGGGUACGUAUCGAACAAGGACACGAACUUGCUGGUUUAUGAGUAUAUGAGCAAUGGAAGCUUAGGGGAAUGGCUUCAUGGCGCAAAAGGAGGGCAUUUACAGUGGGAGGCGAGGUACAAGAUCGCGGUGGAGGCGGCGAAGGGACUGUGUUAUCUUCACCAUGAUUGCUCGCCGGGGAUUAUACAUAGGGAUGUGAAGUCGAAUAAUAUAUUGUUGGAUGCAGAUUUUGAAGCUCAUGUUGCAGAUUUUGGAUUGGCUAAGUUUCUUCUUGAUCCUGGUGCUUCUCAGUCCAUGUCCUCCAUUGCUGGUUCUUAUGGCUACAUCGCUCCAGAGUACGCUUACACACUGAAAGUGGACGAGAAGAGCGACGUGUACAGCUUCGGAGUGGUGCUGCUGGAGCUCAUAGUGGGGAGGAAACCGGUGGGUGAGUUCGGCGACGGCGUCGACAUCGUGGGGUGGGUGAAGCACACCACGUCGGAGCUGGCUCCUCCACGGUCGGACGCUGCGGUGGUGAUGGCGGUGGUGGACCCGAGGCUCAGCGGGUAUCCUCUCACCGGCGUCAUUCACAUGUUCAAGAUAGCGAUGAUGUGCGUGGAAGAGAAAGGCAGCUCCAGGCCCACCAUGAGAGAAGUCGUUCAUAUGCUCACCAAUAUCAAUCCUCCCAAUCUCAUUCACCUCUAAAAUAUAUAUAUAUAUAUAUAAUAUCAGUUCUAUAAAUAAACCCUGAUCUUUAUUUGACGCAUUAAAUAUUGAAUGGUAAAAAUAUAUAUAGUCUUAGCAAAAUGUGACUGAAGAAAUUAAUAUUGUCUCAUGUAUAUUUUGCAUGCAAUCCAUGCAGAAGCUUUUGUUCGUCAAUAAACGCAGCAAAAAAAGGGGGAAAAGAAAAGCUGAAUGUAAUCAUUCUGUGGAGAAGAAGUGGGAGAGAUAUAUAUAGUCUUUUUGCUUCUUUAUUUGUGAUUAUGGUUGCAUUUUGGUGUGAUUUAUGUAAGUUUGCUCAAGUUAUAAUAUGUAUAAAAGUUAAGUGGGUUGAUUUUGUUCUUU